CAGAAACUCCGCCGGCAUUUCUCUGUCGUCGUGGUCGACUGUGGCGGCAGCGAAUGUGCUCUGCCCUGCCAAACGAAAUCAAGCCAUGGAGAAGGUGAGGCAGGGAGAAGGGGAUGCCUUACUUGUGUCGGAUUUUCAAAUUUCUGGCAAGAAACGGCGUGUCACGUUGUACAAGAAUGGGAUUAUCUUUGCAGACGAGAGCCCGAAUGCCCGAGUUGAAUUCUUUCCGCUGCGGCAGCUAGUGGCAGCUCAACCGUGCGACUGCAGCAUCGGUCCCCUCCCAUGCAGGAAAGGGCGACAGCACUGUGGCCACUGCACCUCCCUGCAGAAUUCGGCAUCUAAGACAUUCACCGGCAGCACACCGUGCCUGAACGACCGCCAGCUCUUACCAGAGAAUGGAACAAUCAAGGGAGCUGUGAGUGUUUCAUGCCUGGUUGCUGAACGUACUCCCCUGCAGGCCAGCUCACUGAGGUUGCAUGUUGCCAAGCCAGUGUGGAGGCAUUCCUGGACGCUCCAGUCCCUACUUCUCAAGGGCGGACCCACAGACCACAACCUCAUACGGGAGUGGGUGACGGUACUACAAAGGCUCAUCGCACAGCUGGAUCGUCCACGCAGGCUAAUAGUAUUUGUUAACCCAUUUGGAGGACGCAAAAAAGCCCCCAGCAUAUACCUCCGAAAGGUAGCUCCGAUAUUUAAACUUGCAGGGAUCUCAACUGAAGUCAUACAAACAAGAUACUCAGGUCAUGCGAAGGAGAAGCUGCUCGAGGUUGACCUCAGCGAAUUUGACGGUGUUAUCUGCGUUGGAGGAGAUGGCAUGGUGAAUGAAGUGAUCAACGGAGUUCUUCUUCGAGCCCAGAUAGAUGCAGGAAUCGAAGCGAAUGACGCCAGGUCGAGGCUACAUCCUGCAACGAUAAAGGUUGGUGUCAUCCCCGCUGGCUCAACGGAUGCCCUUGUCUGCACCACAACUGGAGAGAACAGUCCUGUCACCUCUGCACUACUCAUUGUCAUGGGUGCAGAAGUGAGUGUGGAUGUUGCCAGCAUUCACAGCCAAGAGAAGCUCGUGCGAUACUCUCUCGGUUUCUUGUCCUACGGCUUCUUCGGAGACAACAUAAAGUCGAGCGAACGUUACCGCUGGAUGGGGCCUCUACGUUACAACUGGUCUGGUUGGCAGACAUUUCUCAAGCACAAGGCCUACGAAGGGGAGGUAAAAGUUCUCGUGAAGAAGAACGGUUUGGUGCUGACGCCUUACGAUCCAACUGGAAAAGAGCGGUGCAGAGCUGGGUGUGAUGUCUGCUACAAAACAAGCAGUAAAUUGCAGCAGGAAAUCAAGGAGGAGUUGGAGAAUAACGAUGUGGUGCGUGUGCAAGGUCAGUUUCUGUCCAUCAGUUGCGCUCUCAUGGCCAAUCGGUGUGCACGAAGCAGUGCCGGUGUAGCUCCCACAGCACAUCUCGGCAACGGGGUGAUGGACGUCAUCCUGGUGACCCAGUGCUCGCGGCUCAACUUCCUCAAAUUCUUGCUCGCCAUUGCAAAGUCGGAAACUCGAAGCCCAUUCAAGUACCCUUUCGUCCACUGCUUUCGAACGUCAUCGCUGGAGUUUGUGCCCAAGGCAGACAAUUCUCCACAAGGCAGCGGCAAGUGCACCAGCACUUGGCAGUGCGACGGGGAGCUCCUUUCCGAAUCGGCACUGCAAGUCAGGUGUCACCGUCAGUUGCUGAGGCUGUUUGCCUUUGGAAUUGAGGACCGCGAAGAGUGCAGCAUGCCUUGCAUUCCCUGCCCCUGCUCAUAGGACGGCGUGGACGUGUUAACACUCACAAAUGAGCUGAGAAGAAACCAAGUCUUUCAUUUUUUUUUUUUCCUUCUCUCUCUCACUCCCCACACCCUUGUUUUGCAGUCCAUCCUCGUUUGCGACCAUUCUCGACACAUUCCUUUCGUCCGCAGUUGGGCCGUCUUCACGUUGUGCAAUGCCUUCUCGAUUUUGUUUUGCCCGGCGGUUAAUGUUGUGUAUCGUCCUAAUUGAGUGUAUAAAUUAUUAGUUCUCUACCUUUAACGCUUCGAGCUAAUACUGUUAACGUCAAUGUGAUGAAGUGUCAUGAGAGACAGAAGGAAGUGAUGCUGACAAAUUAUAUAUGCAAGCAGUGGCAUGGCCUUGGCUGUCUCCUCUGUUUUCCCCCGUACUCGAGACAAAUUGAAAACAAAAAAGCAGAAGAAGAAAGGACGAAGGGAGACACGGACAUAAUAGGUGUUGGUCGUCAGCGCUCGCGCUACAAUAUUAUUAUGUGAGUGCCAUCAGCACUUGCAUUUGUGUCUUUCCCUUUGUCCCCGUUUUUCGUUGCGUCAUUCUUCUACAGUGUGUCUUCCCGUUUUACGUUGGUUGAAAUAUCAGCGAGAAGCGCGGUAUCCAACUUUUAAUUCAAUGCGCCAUUAUCAGCAGCCAUACGCUAAUUGAUUGCGCCACUUUUUUUUUCGGAAGGCUGCGGCCACCGUGUGUAGAACAGAAGGUCUGUGAUAGCCUUGGUUGAGUGUAAGAUUUAUACGUGGCAACAUGAAUGAACUGUGCGUUCCUGUUAUGUGUAUGUACAUUACGAGAAGAGUUUGCUGUCUCGCUAAUUUACGUAAACCUACCUACCUUCUCGAUCAGUAGGCCUACAAUUUGUCGACUCUUAAAAGCUAGAUAAAGUAGAAUCUUGUCAACAAUCUAAGAUUACAGAGUCAGCGGAACUAGAUCUUAGACCAGCAGCCUCUCUCUCGCCUAGAUACUAGCACUCUUAGACAAGAAGUCGGAACAAAUACUGUGCAAGGUUAUCAGCGAUAUUGACUAGAAGUAUAAUCACGUUCUCCAUUGUCCCGUGCCGGUCUUCGCUCCAGGUAGACAGCAGCGUGCAGUCACGCUGGCGUGAUUCUGUUGCUCAGCGGUGAUGACUUGUCACAUAUCUUUGCGAACAAGAAAGCAAUAUUUUUGGUAAGGUUUACAUUGAGACUUCGAUUACUCGCACCAUUGUUUGUACAUUUCCGAUGCACGUUUUUAUGUCAGGCGUGGUAACAGAUCGUUUUCCGUUCCCGUGUUGCCUUCACGAGGCAGUCUCACUUAUAUUUGAGGAGGUUGGUGCAGGGAUUUUUUUGGUGACGGCAAUCGUUUAUUUGCAUUGUAUAGAAAGUGUAUUCACAAUCAUGAUGUACAAAGACAAAUAAAAGCAGUAUUCUCAGUCUA